AUGCACGUACUUAUUCUCCUACUAGCUUUGCCUCUCAGCUUCGUGGUCGGACAAGACAAGGACACCUACACCGACCGGUAUGAUUCCCUGAAACUGGACGAGGUACUUCAUAACAGGAGGCUCACGGCAUCAUAUAUCAAAUGUAUACUGGACAAAGGAAGGUGUACUUCUGAGGGCAAAGAGUUGAAAUCCCACAUCGCCGAAGCUCUUCAAAGUGGCUGCGCGAAAUGUACAAAAGCGCAAUUUUCUGGUGCUAAAAAGGUGAUAAAACACCUGAUCAACCAUGAAAGUAAAUCCUGGAAGGAGCUCGUCAACAAAUACGAUCCUAAAAGAGUAUACAUGCAUAAAUAUGAAAAUGAAUUGAAGACUCUAUAG